CUUGGCGCGACGACUUGUCGCUGAAUUUCGAUUAAUUCAAAGCAGGCAUUUUCUUCAACAAGCUGAGAACAACGUUGGAUGGCUUUCUCGCCUUUUCCUAUUGAAUAGAUGCUAUCGAGCAUUGCCGCGUGGGAAGGGCCAUAACUAGCCGGCUACCAUCGCUGCAACCUGGCCGGCUGAUUCCGCCAUAUUACGACUCUGGGCGGACUGUGAUCUGAUGGCGUUGAGACGGUCGAGGUCCCCAUCGACCCCAUCGGAGGGUGAGAUCAUCGAAUCAGGUUCAGAUACGAAGGCAACUACGUCGCAGACUUCUCUUAAUGACAUAAAGGUUGACCGUAACACCAGACACGAUAUAUACUCUCCGAGAUCCCCUGUAUCUGUGGGAAGAUCCAGUCACCGCGAGAGAUCGAGAUCCCGGUCGCCCUAUCGCCCCUCAAGAGGCGAAAAGCGCAGACGCGAUGAUUACGACUACGACAGAGGCAGCCGACGAACUCCAAGCUUGAGAUACGAUGAUAGGUACUAUGGUAGGAGCGAUUCACGCCGGCAUCGCCGCCCGUACUAUGAUCAUGACCGGAGUGAUGCCUACGACAGGCAUCGUCUCUCCUACAGUGAUGACUACGAUAGACGCGCUGAAAAGCGCCCUCGAACUCGGAGUCGAUCUCCCUACCGUGAACCGAGAAAGCAAAAACAGUAUUCCGAUGAGCAGGAAAGAAGGGAUGAGAGAUCUUCGGCUAGACCAGCAGACAGCCACUCGCAUCCUGAGGGAAGAAGGUUAUCUACAGAACAGUCAGUGAGCGAACGGGGAAAUCCCUCUGUUAGCGCUCAAAAAGCAAGACAGGAAGCUGAAUAUCGAGGGACUCAGAUGCAGCAGACUUCCGUCACCGAAACGAGUGUCUCUAAUGGCGUUGCACCUAAUAACGAUGCUCCUAUGGAAGAUGAAACUCCCUCUGAGCCCGUUGAUGAAGCCGCCCUAAUUGAGCAGCGACGCAGACGUCGUGAAGCUAUAAAAGCUAAGUACCGUGGUCAAGCGACGCCUCUUCUUGUCCAAGCUCUUCAGACUGGGAAUGAGACAGGAUCUACUGCAUGCGAUGCCAGUGAGGCCGUCUCCAAACCGGACUUGUCAGGUCGCCAAGGUUCACCUACGAACACCCUAGACGAUACAUCUACUGCUCAAUCUCCCACAGACCUCCAUGUUUCCCGAGAUGAAGACCUUGCAAACACUGACUUGCAAAGUAGAAGUGGGCUAGAAAAGGAAGAGGCUUCCGCAGCUGAUUAUGACCCGACCGCCGACAUGAGGCAGGAAAAAAUGAAACAUGAUAAACGCCAUUUUGGCGAAGAUAUGCCGGCAAGCGCGUAUGAUGAAACCAAGGUAACAAGGCAGGAAGUGCUUGUUCCGGAGCCAACAGCAGCAGACCCAAAUCAGAUGAAAGCGAAGGAUCCAUUUGAUAUGUUUGCUGAAGAUGACGACAUGUUUGCCGAGGAGCCUCCCAGUACAGCGGCGCAAAAUGCUCAAGCGCAGAUUGCCGUCAAGCCAAGCAUUGCCCAGCCACAAGAACUUGACAUGAGUAUGAUGGACAAUUGGGACGAUCCUGAAGGUUACUACAAUGUGAUGCUGGGUGAGUUGAUCAAUGGACGGUACCACGUUCAACAAAAUCUGGGCAAAGGAAUGUUUUCUUCAGUUGUUCGCUGUACGGACUCAAAAACUGGAAGGCUGGUUGCCGUGAAAAUUAUUCGUAACAAUGAUACUAUGCGCAAGGCAGGUUUCAAGGAGAUAGAAAUACUGCAGCAGCUACGAGCUGCCGACCCGGAUGAUAGGAAACACAUUAUCAGGUUUGACCGGCAGUUUGAGCACAAAGGACACUUGUGCAUGGUGUUUGAAAAUCUCAGCAUGAACCUUCGGGAGGUUUUGAAGAAAUUUGGCCGAGAUGUGGGUAUCAAUUUGCGCGCCAUCCGGGCCUAUGCUCAGCAAAUGUUUCUCGGGUUGAGCCUUUUGCGCAAAUGCAAUAUUAUCCAUGCGGAUCUAAAACCCGACAACCUACUUGUGAACGAGAAUCGAAAUCUUUUGAAACUGUGCGACCUCGGGUCGGCCUCUCCGAUUACCGAAAACGAGAUCACACCUUACCUUGUCAGUCGUUUCUAUCGUGCUCCUGAGAUUAUACUCGGCAUCCCAUACGACUAUGCGAUAGAUGUGUGGUCAAUUGGAUGUACGCUCUUUGAGCUUUACUCGGGUAAAAUCCUCUUUACGGGUCGCACCAACAACCAAAUGCUACGCUCCAUGAUGGAGUGUCGUGGCAAAUUCCCCCCGAAAUUUUUACGUCGAGGAUCACUUACUCACUUACAUUUUGAUGAUCUCCUAAAUUUCCGCAGCGUUGAGGAAGAUAAAAUUACUGGACGGAUGGUGACGAAGAUAUUAGAUUUUAAGAAACCAACUCGAGAUUUGAAGACGCGACUGAUAGGCAAAGGAGCGAGGCUCAGCGAUACAGAAGCAAGGGAGAUAAACCUGUUUAUUGACCUAUUGGAUCGCUGCUUAAGUCUGAACCCUGAAAAGAGAUGCACCCCAUCGGAAGCCCUGAGACAUCCUUUCAUUGCAAGGAGCAAGGCCUGACCGGGUAGUCCUUGUUCAAUGAGCCUACAUACAUGAAGGCGGAUCUACGGGAACAUGGUGACUAAAGAAGCGGGCUCUUGUAAUUGUUGAUGAAGACAGACAUUUGCAGCACUUUUUGGCACUUUAGAGGUGAUGUCAAGUAUUACACAACAUAGUAUUUACAUGGUGGCAAGGAGUCAUUGGUUUAAUAUG